AUGGACGCUUCAAGUACUUCUGAACAGCAGGGAACAGUCUUUCUUUCCAACAAGGAGGAGGUGUACAGGAUUCCUGCUCUGUGUUAUGACCAAGAAAAAAGCGUUCUGCUGGCCUUUGCAGAGAAGCGGAAAACCUCAAAUGAUGCCAGUGCGGAGGUGCUGGUUAUGAAAACAGGAACUCUGAUUAAAGACGAAACCACUCAUGAAAUAAGUGUUAAGUGGUCAAUGUCCAGAAACGUGGUGGAGAAGGUCCAUCUUGGUGGAUAUCGUCCCAUGAAUCCAUGCCCAGUCUAUGAAAGAACAACCAAAACACUCUUUCUGUUUUUCAUCUGUGUUGAAGGCAAUGUUUCAGAACCAUGGCAAAGGUUCUGGGGCAUCAACAAGGCCCGUCUCUGCUACAUCACAACCAGGGAUGCUGGUGAGACCUGGAGCUCAGUCACCGAUUUGACAAUAAAUUUUCCUCAAAUGAAAAAGUGGGCAACGUUCGCAGUCGGACCGGGCCACGGCAUCCAAACAGAGAGCGGCAGAUUGAUCGUUCCAGCCUAUGCUUAUGGGUCUCGCUCCCCCUCAUGCUUCUGUAUAUCGUGUUUUUUUGCGGUUUCACGUGCGCUCUGCUUUUACAGCGACGAUAACGGUAUGACGUGGCAGUCUGGCAACAUGCUGGACGACAAAUCGGUUGAAUGUGAAAUGGCUGAGGUUUUGGAUGGCAAAGGCUCCUGGUACAUUUAUUGCAACGCCCGGAAUGAGAGAGGUUAUAGAGUGGAGGCCGUCAGUGACAACAGAGGAGAAGAUUUCCUCACCCUUCCAUCCGCUGGGAAGCUUGUGGAAACAGGUGGAGGCUGUCAGGGGAGUGUGGUUUCCUUUCCAGAUCAAUCUGGCAUGGCAGGUUCAAACCAGGCGCCUAGUUGGCUCCUGUACUCCCAUCCCACCAGUCAGUCCAAAAGGGUGGAUUUAGGGGUGUAUCUGAACAAAUCCCCACUGGAUCCAAAUGCAUGGAGCCAGCCUUGGAUCAUUAAUGAGGGUCCCAGUGGUUACUCUGACCUGGCAUACCUUGAUGAUGGUUGGUUUGCAUGCCUGAUGGAGCGUGGUGAAGCGUCUGAAAUUGAACAAAUAGCAUGCCAAGUCUUUAGCUACUAUCAAGUAAGCAAAUUCAUUAGAAACUGACUCUCAGUUAUUUUUAAUUUUAUGGUGACAGCAUUUUAAUGGGCUCCUAGAACUG